AUAUAGGGGGAACAUACAGCGGGCUGCGCUGACAUAUAGGGGGAACAGAGAGGAGGCUGCACUUAUAUAGGGGGAUCAGAGAGAGGCUGCACUGAUAUAGGGGGAUCAGAGAGGAGGCUGCACUGACAUAUAAGGGGAACAGAGAGGAGGCUGCACUUAUAUAGGGGGAACAGAGAGGAGGCUGCACUUAUAUAGGGGGAACACAGAGGAGGCUGCACUUAUGUAGAAGGGGCAGAAGAAGCACAUGACUGAGGAGUCACACAGUACAGAGGCUAUAAAGGGAGAGGGGAAGUUGGAGGGAGGGACAUAACUGUGCUCUGGGAUAAUUAUAUAUCACACAGGCCCUGCUGCUCUGCAUGUUAGGUGGAGACUGUUGCACUUCUCUUCAAUCCAAACUUCCUGACUGCAGACUCAUCAUGGACAGCAACGUUCCCUCCUGCGACCUGUACGUGUCCGCAAUGCUGCUGAGUGCUGCCGGAGAUGCUUUGGGCUACAGGAAUCAGCUCUGGGAAUACUGCAAAUCCGGGCCACAGAUUCACAGAGAGCUGGAGGAACUGGGGGGUCUCCAGAACAUCACAGCAUCCCUGCCGGACUGGCCGGUCAGUGAUGACACGGUGCUGCACCUUGCAACAGGCGAGAGUCUGGCAACAGGGAAGCUGAAUGAGGAUCUGUAUCAUGAGCUGGCGAGCAAAUACGUGACCGCCAUGUCUGACAUGGAAGGGAGAAAACCUGGGCCCACGAGCAUUCUGGGAACCUCACAGCUGCGUCCUGGGGAGCCUGGUGGGUACAAGAUCCCCUUUAACCCCUCAGCGACCGGCUGCGGAGCAGCAAUGCGGGCCAUGUGUAUAGGGCUGAGGUUCCCCCGGCCGUCGGAGCUGUCUCUCCUGGUCGCUGUCAGUGUGGAGAGCGGGAAAAUGACUCACAACCAUCCCACAGGCUAUCUCGGAUCACUUGCUUCAGCUCUCUUCACAUCCCUGUCUGUACAGGGGGUCCCUCUAGAACAAUGGGGGGUCCGCCUCCUGGAGAACCUUCCUCUGGCCCGGGACUAUGUGCGCUCUACAGAGACUGACGCGGCGCCUCACUUUGCAGCAUGGGAUUAUUUCCGCGAGUGCUGGGAGAGAUACCUGGCAGAGAGGGGGCUGUCACAGGGGUCCGGCCCUGCACGAUUUCCAUCUCUCUAUGGCGCUGCGGAGAGGGACGCGGAGUACGGCCGGUGGAGUCUGGAUGGCUGGGCCGGGAGGAGCGGACAUGAUGCUCCGAUGAUUGCGUAUGAUGCUCUCUUGGGUGCUGGGGACUCCUGGGCCGAGCUGUGCAGCAGAUCCAUGUUCCAUGGAGGUGACAGCGACUCCACAGGGGUGAUUGCCGGCUGCUGCUGGGGAGCAAUGCACGGAUCAGCCGGAGUACCGACGGGGAACUACAGUGAGCUUGAGUACAGAGCGCGGCUGGAGAACGUCGCUCGCUGCCUACACAAGCUGGCCUGGGGGAAACAUUAAUGGCACCUGGAUCGGUUCUGCCAGAUACUCCCAAUAAUUGUCAUUUUCACACCCAAAUAAUUGUCUGUUCCCAUUAGAAGUCAAUGGACGUAGUAACUGUAAAAGUCUGCAGCAGGAACUGUAUUCCUUUAGAGGCUCCCAUUAAACAGCAGAUAUGGACGUGACAAUGUUAUAUGGGAAAUGCAGACAUUACAGUGUUGUAUGGGUGCCUGGUACGUUCCAUCUUUCCUGGCAAUGUAUCACUCUUCUAGAGGUUCCUGUCCAUCACUAGCAUCCUAUGCAGUGGUCACUAGCACCACCUUGUGGUUAAGAUGUAAACUGCACAGAUAAUGAUAAAAUAACUGUUCUGAGGAAUAACUGCGCAUACUUUGAUAAAGUCUUUAAUAAAACCAUAGUAAUUUAUCUCCAAAUUAACAACCCUAAAAUGUGAAUACUUGCCAAAAAAAUGUUAACAGUAUGAUGUCAAAAUAAAACUGCAUAUUGUGUA